AUGGAGGACGGCGCCGGCGGCGCCAGACUCCACGUUGUGAUGCUACCAUGGCUGGCCCUCGGUCAUAUUAUCCCCUUCUUCGAACUCUCAAAGCGCAUAGCCUGCAAGGGACACCACGUCUCCUUCGUGUCCACCCCGCGGAAUCUCCUCCGGCUGCCGCGGAUGCCUCCGCGCCUGGCUCCACUGAUAAACCUGGUGGAUCUUCUCUUGCCGCAGGUCGACGAACUCCCAAGGGACGCCGAAGCCACCAUCGACCUGACGUCGCAAGAGCUGCGACCGUAUCUACGGAAAGCCUACGACGAGCUCGAGGGGCAACUGUGCAGGUUCCUGGAGGAAGCGCGGUCGCCGCCGGUGGACUGGAUAGUCUUUGACUACGCCCCCUACUGGGUCCCCCGAGUCGCCGCAAGGUUCGGGGUGCCUUGCGCCUUCCUGGGGCUCUUCAGCGCCGCAGUCCUCGCCUUCUACGGGCCGCCGUCGGCGUUGAUGGGGGACGACGGCGCUCGGACGAUGCCGGAGCACCUGACGGUUCCCCCCGAGUGGAUCCCCUUCCCUUCCACCAUCGCCUUCCGGGGCUUCGAGGCGCGGGAGCUUUUCAGGUCCGGCGCGGAGAGGGACAUCUCAGGGGUCUCUGAGGCCAUCCGUUUCGGCGUGGCGAUCAGCGAUUGCCAGAUCGUCGCCGUCCGGAGCUGCCCAGAGCUGGAGCCCAAUUGGCUGAACCUCCUCACGGAGAUCUACCGGAAGACGGUCGUCCCGGUGGGUCUGCUCCCUCCCGUAGCCGAGGAGGGGGCCGACGAGGACUGCCGCAAGUGGAGGGGGAUCUUCGAGUGGCUGGACGCGCAGGAAGCGGGCUCUGUUCUCUACGCCGCCUUUGGGAGUGAGGUCAAGCUGAGCCGCGGGGAAUUGCAGGAGAUCGCCCUCGGCCUGGAGAAAUCUGAGCUUCCCUUCUUGUGGGCUUUCCGCCGGCCGUCCCGGGACGAUGGAGAGGAGCUCGAGAAGCUGCCCCUCCCGGAGGGGUUCGAGGAGAGGCUCGAUGGCCGCGGCCUGGUCUGCGAGGAGUGGCUCCCUCAGGUGAGGAUCCUGGCGCACCGCGCCGUCGCCGGGUUCCUGACGCACGGCGGAUGGAACUCCGUCGUGGAGGGCCUCUCCCUGGGGCGGGCCAUCAUCCUCCUGCCUCUGAUGUUCGACCAGGGGCUCAACGCGAGGGACCUAGUGGAGCGGGGGAUCGGGGUGGAGGUGCCGAGGGACGAGGUGGACGGGUCCUUCACCGCCGACGGUAUCUCCCAGGCCCUGAGGCUGGUCAUGGCAAGCCCAGAGGGCGGUCCCAUCAGGUCCAUAGCAAGGGAGUCCAAGGCGACGUUCGGAGACGAGGAGCUCCACGACGAGCAUCUAACUCGCUUCAUCGAGUACCUCGUGGAGCAUCGGCGGGCUCCUCCAUAG